UGCAUGCAGAAAUACUAGAAAUACAGUUGAAGAAUGUCCGCCUCCUAGAUAAUUGCUCAAAUAUACCCCGAUUCUAAACGCAAACGAAACUUUGAAUCAAUUUUGGACAUUCGCACCAGGUUCCCUCUGCUGCUAAGGGCGAGGAACGCCUGCAUAAUACGAGACGCCGCUGUCCCGUUGUAAAAGGUGGUGGCCAGAUCGAACAGACCAUCGCCAUGUCUAACGAGCUACGCCUGCCAUUCUGCGGUCUCAUUGCCUUUUUACUUGUUGCUUGUACUAAAGGUGCUGAUGUUUGUAACAAUGACACUGUGGCGACAAACCAAAUAACACUGAACAUUGGAGAGUUGGGCAAAGUUAUUAGAAGCCCUGGAGAAGGGAUUCCGCAGCACUAUCGUGCAACGUGUGGUUGGCAAGUUACAGGCCCUGCGCACUCAGUCAUAUAUAUACGAGUGUUCCAAUUCAAAUGGUCUGUGUACACAAGUGGGGAUGAUUGUGAUAAAGAAAAUUUUAAAGUAUUUGACGGAUCUGAUACCAGUGCACCUCUCAUUGUUAAUUACUGCAAAAAUAAGCUACCUCCAAAAUCUGUAAUUUCUUUGUAUUCCACUGGCCCAAGCCUACGAGUCCAGCUAAAGACUUCUGAAAAUCCUGUCAAUACGUCAUUUAUUUUCAUUGUUGAGGCUCUCAAGGCUGAUGUCUGCAAAAAUAAUGAUAUUCGGAACCUACCAGAAGCCAGUAGAACUCUUGCCAACUUUUCCAGUCCUUACUUCUCUCAGCUUAAAAACUACCCUCGCAACUCACACUGCAGCUGGAAAUUAACAGCACCAGCAGGGAAUCUGAUCAAAUUGACAUUCAAGGAGGUCAAGGUUCGCUGCGACAGUGGUGUCAAUGUCUACGAUGAUGCUAUUGGGUCGGAUGAGAACAUGGUAGUGUCCCUCUGUCGCUAUAAUAGCCUGGAGCAGCGCACAUUCUACUCCACAGGUCAAACCCUGUUUGUCACUUUCAAGAGUAGCGAUAGCUUUGACACUGAUGAGGGGUUCUUAGCAUUCUAUCAAGCGAUCAGUCCAGGCGUAUCUUGUUCAUCAAGUAACUCUGAAGACUCUAAUAAGAACAUAAUCCUUGCUUCAAAAAGUGGAACCAUCACAUCUCCUGGCUUCCCCUCAUCUAUCCCUAAUAGCCCUCUUGAGUGCAUUUGGAAGGUGUCUGCCCCAGCUGGUCAGGUGAUCCGCUUUGAUAUGGAUUCUGUUGAUAUUGACUAUUUAAAAACAUGUCCAACAAAACUACAAGUGGUUACCGGGGGUUAUGGGAAUCUCUAUGACUUGGAAGAGCUAAGGUGUCAGAAAGUGCCAUCAUUUGUGACUUCGUCAGAUGGGAGGAAUGCAUGGGUCCGGUACGAGCAGGAUGCAGAUGUGACCAAAGAGCCGCGACCAGCAGGAUUCAGUGUGAGCUACACGUCAUUGCCUCUCACUAAGUCUGGCAGCUGUGGAAAUGACAGCACAAUUGAGCUCCAAGGAGAGGGUGCAUCAUUUCGUAGUCCCAACUAUCCUGAAAGAAGCCCUUCUAACAUGAGAUGUCGCUGGAAGAUCAUUGCACCAGAUGGCAUGAUUAUCCAGUUGAGGUUUCGCUCAUCCUGGAAGUCCAAAUGCAACAACGAAUGGUUUAAAAUCUAUGAUGGCGACUCUACCUCUAGCCCUGAGCUUAAAAAGGUCUGCUAUAUAGGACGGCUGAAACUCUACUCUACAAGUAAUAAAAUGUUAGUAGAACAACUUACUCGUGAGGACACCAAGGUCCAUGGCUUUGUUGCUACCUUCACUGCAGUCAGAGCAGCACCAAAGUCAUAUGCCUGUCCUAGCAUUCCGAAGCCAGGAGAGAUGAAGGGUAAGAUAGCAAGCCCAGAGUGGCCCCUCCCAUACCCCAAUCUUAGUCACUGUCGGAUAAGUAUAGAGGUUCCAUUUGGCCAUCAAGUAAAGCUGACCUUCACUGCAUUUAGUCUUGAGGACAGUCAAGGAUGCAAAAAGGAUUCUGUUAGGGUAGAAGGGCGGGAUAAAAACUUCUACUGGACCACGCUUGGUUUCCUAUGCGGAAAUCGUACCACUCCUUUCUCUCUCAAGUCAACCGAUAAUGAGAUGAUAGUCUGGUUUUCGUCUGACCUGACGGGACGGUCUGCAGGCUUUGAGGCUGAAUAUGAAGCAGUGCGUGAUACCUCAUUUGGUAACUGCACUGAACAGGGAAAGGACAACAUUAUCCCAGUCACCUCCACUGAGGCAGGAUCUAUUAGCUCCCCUCGCUUCCCUUUGCCCUUCCCCACCAACAUGAGGUGUACAUGGGUGAUCAGAGCCCCACCCGGAAAACACCUGCGACUCGCAUUCAGUGACUUUGAACUUGGAUUCUGCAAAGAUAACAGUGUGGUGAUCCGUGACGGGGACUCGAAUGGAAGGCUGUUGGGGGAAUUCUGCAGUAGAGACCAACCUCCGGUCUUCUUCUCCACUUCUCGUGAUCUUUGGGUCAACUUCCAGUCGAGUCCUGGAUCCAACCCUUUCAGAGGCUUUAAGGCACAUUACGAAGUAGUAUCUAAAUUACCUUUGACUGCAUCGUGUAACGACGCACAACGUGUUACCAAGAUUAAGGGCGAGACGGGCACGUUAGCCAGUUACGAGUACCCUCUGCAUUACCAGAACAACGUUGAGUGUGUUUGGAUCUUAACCUCUGGAAGCAGCAAGGUUAUCAAGUUGACAUUUGACACGUUUGACCUGGAGUCGAGCGCUAGCUGUACCGCUGAUUAUGUUGAAGUUCGUGAUGGCAACUUUGUUGGUGACGUCAUCGGUAGAUACUGCGGCCAGGGGGGGCCUGGGACCGUGACAUCCAGUGAAUCCUCCAUGUACAUCAAGUUCCAUAGCAACGGCAACGUCACGGCGACGGGUUUCAUGGCUACAUACACCAGCGCUUGGUCCACCCGAACAAUUGUAUUGAUUGCUGUAUUCAGCUGUGCGGGAGUAAUUGGCUUAAUAGCCGUGCUUGUUGCGUGUUUGAAAUACAAGCCGUGCUCAUCUACUGAUUCAGACGAGACUGGUGCAGAUGUUCCUCUCAACGACAAGGAGUGAAGGCCUUCUUGCUAUCACAAGCCAUUCCAUCUGACGACAAGGGGUGACCUUGCUAGCACAGUACAUUCCACACAAAAGUUUCGGGUAUUGAAUUCGCCAAUCAAAA